AUCCACUCCCCAUUGUUCUAUAAAAAUCAAUCAAAUGGUGGUUCCAUGGAGAAUCUGAUCAAGGUUACCAUCUUCUCCCGUUCACCGCACCAUUUUCAAACACCCAUUGUUUUGAUUUUGAGUUCGAAGUAUGUUUCUGCAUUAUUAGGCAAAGAAAAGCACCAUGGAAGAAGGUGAAUUCAAUUGUAGAGAGAAGAAUAUGGUGGAAGAAGGAGAAGGACCGGAAGUAGUUGGUGAAGAGGAGAUAAUUGAUUGUUCUGAUGAUGAAAUGCCUGUUGGAGUUCGACAUUUUUAUUUUGUCAAGGUUUUGCCACUUGAGAACCCAAAUUUGGAUGCCAUGAUCAAGAAGGCUGAAGAGAGGAUUGAGAAGACGAAUCGAGACCAAGUUCUGCUAGCCACAAAGAUACGGGAAAAGAUGAUGGAUCGUGAUGCCGUGCGUUCAAAAUUGAGAUGGAUGAAGAACUAUGAUUAUUAUGAACUCACCAUAAAAUGGCAAAAGGAGAGAUUGGAUAUCCUGCAUCUAUAUCUAGACAAACUGACCUUUGCAAACAACGCAUAUAAAGAAAAGCCGGUCAACUCGUGCUUGUCGUCGGGGGAAGUUGAUAAGCGAGUAUUGUCAAUUGAACUUUUUCUCGUGCAUUUCUGCGACGCUCUCCUUCUUAUUUGUCUUUAUGUAAUCGAUUUAUCAUGUGAGCAGAAACUGCAUUUCUUGAUGCUACAUGGCUGUAAAAACAUGGCUGAUGAGAGAAAGCUAUUAAGGGAAGUCAAUGAAAGCCAAGGGAAGGAUGGGGGCAUCACAUUAGAUGAACUCCAUGCUCCUAUUCGUCGCUUGCGACAACAAUUUCCAAUGUACUUCAGGGGGGAAUCCGAUGAAGAUCCUCGUAAACAACAUGAAGUUAUUAUCGAGAAAGCCAUUGCCAAUGCUGUAGUGAAUGGAAAAUUAUGGAACUCUCUAAGCUCAAAAAAGUCCAUUCAAGAAGAAAUAGAGAAACUCAAAAACAGUUCAUUUCAACUAAGGGAAAGACAGAGGAAAACAAAUGCCGAAAUCCGGAAGGUAAAAUUAGAACUCGAGAAGGUAGAAAAAGAUAUACGUUCUCUACAAAAGCUCUUCACAGAUGCAAAUCGCAAAAAAGCUGACGCAUACAAAACCAUUCUUAGACUGAAGAAGCAGUAUGGGGAAGAGAAUGCUUCCUACUACAAAUACCGUUCCCUCAUGAAGAAAGUUGAAGCACUUGUAAAGAAGAAAGACAUUACAGAAGUUCAAGAAUUAUCUCAAAAACAGGUUGGAAAAUUUAUGCAGCAGUGGAAUGAUAACCUGGAAUUCAGAAACGAUUACAAAAAGAGAGUCAACCCGUCGUUAACAAACCGACAUCUUGGUGUGGAUGGGAGGAUGAUGAGCAACCAAAAGCCAGAGGUUGAAGACACUCGAAAAGUUAUUAAACCAGAGACUCUUUCUAAAGCUAGAUUGAAAUGGUUGAUGAAAGAUCUUGAGGAUCCCUUUGAACUUCUUUCUUAAUGAAACUAAUGCAAUAAAAAUGUUUGUUUUCUUA